UUGUUCAGUUCAUCCAGGGUUUUUGUUGCACGCAGACAACAGCCUGGUGUCCGGACUCAUUUAUUUCUCAGCCGAAUCAUCUCCGCUGGAAUGGCCGCGAGCGUUCUCACGCGCGUUUGAACGCGACGCCGGGCGCUGCUUUUGUGUUGAUGUAAAUGAUGCUGUCGGCGCGCGCCGUGCGCCCGGUUAACGCGCAGCGGGGAGAGCGUUGUGUCCGCGCGGGCUGAUGACAAUAGCGAGCAAAGCGGACGAUAGAAAAAAAGAAAAAAGAAAGAACGCUUGCGAAGUCGGUUACCGGGAAGGAAAAUGUCUCUCAGCAGGAGCAUCGAGCUCGAGCACUUCGACGAGCGGGACAAGGCGCACCGCUCCAAACGCGCGGCGGGUUCGGGUUCGGGUUCGGGCUCCCAGCAGGGCUCCCAGCAGGGCUCCCGCGCGAGCAGUCUGGUCCCGAGCCCCGCGCACAGCGCCAGCUGCAGCUUCUACCGGACGCGCACGCUCCAGGCGCUCAGCUCCGAGAAGCGAGCCAAGAAGGUUCGGUUCUACCGGAACGGCGACCGGUACUUCAAGGGUCUGGUGUACGCGGUGUCCGGCGACCGCUUCAGGUCCCUGGACGCGCUGCUGGCCGAGCUGACGCGCGCGCUCGCCGACAACCUGCACCUGCCGCAAGGUGUGCGCAUCAUCUACAGCGCGGACGGCGCGAGGAAGAUCGCGAGCCUCGAGGAUCUCGUGGAAGGUGAGAGCUACGUCUGCGCCUCCAACGAACAGUACAGGAAGGUGGAGUACACCAAGAACGUCAACCCCAACUGGGGCUCGCGGCUGGGGGCGGGGCCAGUGGGCGGAGCCGGGCGUCAGGGGCCUCAAUCGAGGGAGCCGAAAGACUUCAUCAAACCCAAACUGGUGACAGUGAUCCGCAGCGGCGUGAAGCCCAGGAAGGCUGUGAGGAUCCUGCUGUAUAAGAAAACUGGACUCCGGCGUCGUGAAGAGACUCUACACGCUGGACGGAAAACAGGUGCGGCUGCCAAAAUACACAUCAGAAGAAUAGUUCAGCACAAAGCUCUAACACUUCUGUCAAUCAGUCAGACCGGCUCGUUAAUGCUGAUCAGCUCAGAACGGCCACAUUUGACGAGUCUGCAGGAUUUCUUCGGUGAUGACGAUGUUUUCAUGGCGUGCGGUUUGGAGAAGUUUCGUUACGCUCAGGACGACGCUGCUGUCGGACACGCGGGGAAGAGCGCCGCGGCUGCGUUCGUUAACGAGUGUAAGAAAUCACGACCGUCAGUCCCUCCCAAGACAACUGCAUACAAAAGCUCCGGCGUCCCGCGCUCCAAAUCACCUGCGUCUGCGUCCCCGACGCCCUCCAAAGACCUCAACGAUGAAGAAGACCUCAGUCCUGAAGUGAACGGUAAUGAAGUUCAGUCGUCUGUCAUCACUGAGAAGUAUAAAGUGGGAAAGGUGAUCGGCGAUGGAAACUUCGCUGUGGUCAGAGAGUGUGUGGAGAGGUCUACAGGACAGGAAUACGCGCUGAAGAUCAUUGACAAGGCCAAGUGCAGCGGCAAGGAACACCUGAUAGCCAAUGAGGUGGCGAUACUCCGCAAGGUUCGUCACCCAAGCAUCAUUAUGCUAAUAGAGGAGCUGGACACGCCCACUGAGCUGUAUUUGGUGAUGGAGCUGGUGAAGGGCGGUGACCUGUUCGACGCCAUCACUUCCUCCACGAAGUACACGGAGCGGGACGCCAGCGCCAUGCUGUUCAACCUGACCGGAGCGCUGCGAUACCUGCACAGAAUGAACAUCGUACACCGAGACAUUAAACCAGAGAACCUGCUGGUGUGUGAGUAUCCAGACGGCACCAAGUCUCUGAAACUGGGUGAUUUUGGUCUGGCGACGGCGGUGGAGGGACCGCUGUACACCGUCUGCGGGACACCUACGUACGUCGCACCGGAGAUCAUCGCAGAGAGCGGGUACGGGCUGAAGGUGGACAUCUGGGCUGCGGGUGUGAUCACAUACAUCUUGCUGUGUGGCUUUCCUCCGUUCCGCAGCGAGAAGAACCAGCAGGAGGAGCUGUUCGAGCAGAUCUUACUGGGCAGACUGGAGUUUCCCUCGCCGUACUGGGACAACAUCAGCCUCUCUGCUAAGGAUUUAAUUGGUAAGAUGUUGCAAGUGAAUGUCGGUGCUCGUUACACGGCUGACGAGGUGCUGAAACACCUGUGGAUGCAGGACGAUGCGAUGAUGGACACCAACAUGGCGUGUGAGAUGGAAGAUGGUGUUGAAUCAGAAAACACACACAACAGCACAGCAGCAGAGGCUGAGAUGACAGCUGGCAGUAGUCUGAUGAAUCUCUCCGGAGGCGCAGAAGAAGAGAAACCCUGAUCACCACCACAAACCUCAACACAGAGACCAGACCAGACCAGACCACCGUCUCUCUUCAUCUUCCAUCCUGUUAUUAGUGGUGUUUGCUAAGUCAGCCAUCGAUUUACUAAGUUCUCAUAUUUUAGUGUUAGCCACAUGCUGCAACCUCUAGCACUAAGUAUUACAUCCCAUAGACACUCAGAACACCUUAGCAACUGCAUAGCAACACCACAACAACCACCGCAGCAUCGAGGCAGUUUGUUUACAUGCACUCAUUUUCUUCAGUCUGAAUGAAUCCAAUCCGAUUUCAGAUCCUGAAAGUUGUUUAUAUGAAAGGUAAACUUCACAUAUUCAUUUACAUGUAUAUUUACAUAUUCCGAACAAAAGACACCUCUUUGAUAACUGGAAAAGGCCACUGCGAUAAUGUCACCAGAGCUAACGCGAGUCGUUUUGGAUUAGAUGACACCUAAAA